CCUUUUUAUUUACAGCUUCUCUCCAAGAUAAAAUGGCAAACCCCAAAGAGAAAACUCCAAUGUGUCUGGUAAAUGAGUUAGCCCGUUUCAAUAGAGUCCAACCCCAGUAUAAACUUCUGAAUGAAAGCGGGCCUGCUCAUUCGAAGGCAAGGUUUUGUUCCCAUGAUUCUCACCAUUCAAAACUGGUCAAAUGAAGAUCACCAGUGACCUCCUCAUUAAAUACCUCAAUCACUUGUCAGUCCUAAUGUGACUUGGCCUGUCAGCUAUAUUUGAUAAGAUGUUCUCAGUGCAGCUGAGUCUUGGUGAGCAGACAUGGGAAUCCGAAGGAAGCAGUAUAAAGAAGGCUCAACAAGCUGUUGCUAAUAAAGCCUUGACUGAAUCUACACUUCCCAAACCGGUCCAGAAACCACCCAAAAGUAAUGUUAAUAAUAACCCAGGCAGUAUAACUCCAACUGUGGAACUGAAUGGGCUUGCUAUGAAAAGGGGAGAGCCUGCCAUCUACAGGCCAUUAGAUCCAAAGCCAUUCCCAAAUUAUAGAGCUAAUUACAACUUUCGGGGCAUGUACAAUCAGAGGUAUCAUUGCCCAAUGCCUAAAAUUUUCUAUGUUCAGCUGACUGUAGGAAAUAAUGAAUUUUUUGGUGAAGGAAAGACUCGACAAGCUGCUAGACACAAUGCUGCAAUGAAAGCCCUCCAAGCACUGCAGAACGAACCUAUUCCAGAAAAAUCACCUCAGAAUGGCGAAUCUGGAAAAGAAGUGGAUGAUGACAAAGACGCAAAUAAAUCUGAGAUCAGCUUAGUGUUUGAAAUUGCUCUGAAGCGAAAUAUGCCCGUCAGUUUUGAGGUUAUUAAAGAAAGUGGGCCACCACAUAUGAAAAGCUUUGUUACACGAGUGUCGGUGGGAGAGUUCUCUGCAGAAGGAGAGGGAAAUAGCAAAAAACUCUCCAAGAAGCGUGCUGCAACCACUGUCCUACAGGAGCUUAAAAAACUUCCACCUCUUCCUGUAGUGGAAAAGCCAAAAUUAUUUUUUAAAAAACGCCCUAAAACAAUAGUGAAGGCUGGACCAGAAUAUGGUCAAGGAAUGAACCCCAUUAGCCGCCUGGCUCAAAUCCAACAGGCCAAAAAGGAGAAGGAGCCAGAUUAUGUUUUGCUUUCAGAAAGGGGAAUGCCUCGACGUCGGGAAUUUGUGAUGCAGGUCAAGGUAGGCAAUGAAGUUGCCACAGGAACAGGACCUAAUAAAAAGAUAGCCAAAAAGAAUGCCGCAGAAGCAAUGCUCUUACAGCUUGGUUAUAAAGCAUCGACUAGUCUUCAAGAUCAACUGGACAAGACAGGGGAAAACAAAGGAUGGAGUGGUCCAAAGGCUGGGUUUCCUGAACCAGCAAACAAUACUAGGGCUCACUGUGGGGUUCCUGGAGCCAGCUCAAAGCUGCUUAAAUACAUUUGGAAGAAGUUGGUCUGCUUAGGAAUUGGUCAUCCAGCUCCAAAAGGAAUUCUUCAUUUGUCUCCUGAUGUUUAUCAAGAGAUGGAAGCCAGCCGCCACAAAGUAAUCUCUGGCACCACUCUAGGCUAUUUGUCACCCAAAGAUAUGAACCAGCCUUCCAGCUCUUUCUUCAGUAUAUCUCCCACAUCGAAUAGCUCAGCUACAAUUGCCAGGGAGCUCCUCAUGAAUGGAACAUCUCCUACAGCUGAAGCCAUAGGUUUAAAAGGAAGUUCUCCUACUCCCCCUUGUUCUCCAGUACAACCUUCAAAACAACUGGAAUAUUUAGCAAGGAUUCAAGGCUUUCAGGUUCACUACUGUGAUAGACAAAGUGGCAAAGAGUGUGUGACCUGUCUGACCUUAGCCCCUGUGCAGAUGACUUUCCAUGGUAUUGGAAGCUCCAUUGACGCCAGCCAUGACCAGGCAGCUCUAAGUGCCUUGAAACAGUUUUCUGAACAAGGAUUGGAUCCAAUCGAUGGGGCAAUGACUAUUGAAAAAGGUUCUCUUGAAAAACAAGUCAAGCAUCUGCGAGAGAAAGCGGACAAUAACCAGGCACACCCGGGCUCCAUCGCCCAGGACUGCAAGAAAUCAAAGUCAGCCAUCUAGCAGCUCCCAGGACCCAUGGCUGCCACCGCAUCCUUAUAAACCUGUCAGCACGCAUGAGGGUGUCUGCGUUCAAGGAAAUGAAUGACUAAUACCAUUCUUUGAGUCUUAUGUGAAGACAACACUAUUCUAACACGAGAGAUAAUAUACAUGGUCCUGUUUAUUCAACUGGGGGAAAAUAAAACUUGGAGCAUUUCCCUUGGAAGUUGAGAUCAGAUCGUAACUCAUUCGCCCAGGGGCAGCAGAAAUCUGAUCCCGCUACUGGAGCUUAAAAUAACAAUUAAUGGAAAGUGUUAGAAACAGAGCUAACAUUUUCAGAUGAUUAAUAGAGAAGUUGGGUUUGAUUCUGUUGUUCUGAUUGUUUUGGUCGUGCCACUUGUGUUCAGUUAUAAUUCUCUCCCUCUCCCGCUCCCUCACUCCCUCUUUUUCUCUCGUUUUAAAUAAUGCUUGACAAUUUGAAAAUUAACCAAUGACGUGCUGUGGAAUGUGAUGGUUGUUGUCUUCAUAUAGAGUCGCACAGUUUCUCUUUUUAUGCAAAUCUUCGUAAUCCUCAUCCUGUAUCAAUAUGAGUAACUUUAAGGUGCACUACGCAAAGAUGUAUGCAAACAUGUUUUAAAUCAGGUCAGAUAUUUGAUGAAAAGUAUGACAUGAUGUUAGGGACAACUAGUUUCAGUAGACUCCGGGAAUUUGAGAAGCAAAACAGCCCUUGUGGGUGUUGCUUUCCAUGAUUCCAUUAGCAGCCAGGGGGGCGUCUUGCCCCCUGCCCAUCAUGUUCCUGGGUUCCGCUCUGUCGUGCAGGUCGCGCCCGCCCUCAUCCGUGUGUUGUGGCCACUCCCUGUUUGCAUCCAGAGUGUGUUUCUAACUGCCUCGGGGUCAGAAGAGACCAUGUCCAUGGCGGGGAAGCCUGCUGGAGGAGCUUCUAGCCAGCCUCACUCUGGGCCAGCAUGUUGGAUUCCAGCUUGGGGCAAAUGCAGUAAGAGAGAAGAAAAAAAUGUGAUCGGUUUCUGUGUGUAGUGUUGUUUUUGUUGUUCUUUCACUCCCUGGCUCUCAUCUUUUACGUACCACCUCAGUGAAACCCAUCUGAGAGGCCACCACCCGGCUAGUCAUCCUGCCCAGCAGUGGCAUCAGAGCAGCGGGCUGUGUGUGCGAAACUGCAGAGCCGCCUCCUGGAGACUCGCAGGCAGUCCCGUGCCUGGCCGGCCCACGUCAUCUCAUUGUUCAGGCUUUCUCCUUAUUGAUUUGCAGAUGUUGUGCAAUGAGAAAACACGGUAUGGUCUAACUGCUCUGGCCCAAUGUGACAAUAGGAAUGGAAUAUAAUUAUGUAAGAUUUCACAAGCAAAACCACCACAAAUCAUGAUCUGGCUGAGUCACACGCGACUGGAGAAUAAACAAAUAGCAACAUAAGGAAAUAA